AUGAGUAUCUCCUUGUCGGAAAUCAAUCCCGGCGAUGUCUCUGCGCAGAGGGGUCGGGACACCGCCUCCAAUCGCCCUGAGUCGGUGGAGCUGCACGACGUCUGGAGCAGCAGAGGGGCUGAGCUGCCCAAGGGCUGCUGCUACAGCCGCUCCUUGUGGAGUUGGAUGCUGGACUUGCUGAUCGGUGUUGUGGUUGCUGUGUGUGCACAAGCUGUGCACUAUGGUCAUGAGCAGCUUAGCGCAUUUCGCAUGUAUCUGGUGGGGCUGGUGCUGCCGGGCAUCUUCGCUGCAUGGAUCGUCAACACCUUGAUCACGGUGCUCUAUGUGGCCGGUGCCCAUGCCUGCGUGCUGUGGCAGCCGAGUGCCGUAAGUGGAGGCAUCCCAGGUGUCAUUGCCUUCUUGAACGGCGUGGACCUCAAGAACCUGUUCUCUGAGAAGAUUCUGGUGGCCAAGGUCCUGGGUGUCAUUUGCGCCUGUGGCUCUUCGUUGGCUGUUGGUCCGGAAGGGCCAAUGAUCCACAUCGGAGCUGCCGCAGGUGUCCUGGUUCUGGCGCAGUGUCGCCGAAUCGACUGGCUCCGGCGGGUUUUGCAAGGCAGCGGCGGCAGCCGAAGCCUCGAGCUCCACGCAGCAGCGGUGGGCGCGGGCUGCGGAGUUACUGCAGCCUUCUGGGCUCCUUUGGCAGGGACGCUCUUUGUGGUGGAGGAAGCUGCGACCUACCUUUCCCCCCGAUUCUUCGUACAUGUCUUUGGCGCGUCAUGCGUGUCCCUGGGGACGGUGCUGCUAUGGCAGGAGCUGUGGAAGCAUACUGGACAAUACAGCCCUUUGUUUCAGGUAUUCUUAGGCCCAAACUGUUCUUAUAGCGAAUUCAUCUACUACGUAAGCUGUGGAGUGAUCGGGUUGAUAUGUGGUCUCCUUGGAUGCCUUUUCAACCGCGUGGUUCUGGAGCUGAACUUCCUCCGGCAGCGCUGGCGGACGGAGGGCCGUAGAAACAUCUUUACGGUGGAGGUCGUCGUCAUUGCCAUACUGUCAAGCUCGAUUGGCACCCUUCUGCCUGCAAUGACGACUUGUCGGGAGAGCACGAUUCAGCGAGCCUUCACGAACAGCAACCAGUGCAUAGCCGGAGAGUGGGCAACUCAGAUAUUUGAAGGAAGAGAGAACUUGCACGAAAAAGUGAAGAUGGUUCCAUCUGCAGGUCUCUUUGGGGUGCAGUAUAACCCUGAUGUCUGUCCGAAAGCCAUCUAUAAUGACUCUCACAUGCCGUGCAAUUUGGAGAAACUGGGUCUCAAGUUCCCUUCUUCUGUUCCUGAGCAAGAACGCUACUUUUAUUGCUGCGGUUUCGACGACCUCGAUUCCUUCCACAAAGGACUUGUGUACAAUUUCACCUCGCCCCGGGCACCGUUGGAGCUGUUUGAGGAGUUCUGGCCAACCUAUGGCUGUGAGACGUUUUCGGAAAGCAAUAUCAGCAUUCCGAGGUACCGGCCCAUGGCAGCCUUGGCCUUUGUUCCGGGAAGAAUCACUGUGAAGAAUCUCUUCACCCGAGGUUCUCCAAACAUGAUCCCCACGACUUCGAUGCUUGUCUUCCUCCCGCUGUACUUUGUGCUGGCCGCGAUUACGUCUGGAGCUGCUGUGCCCAGUGGUUUGGUCGUGCCGAUGAUGAUCAUCGGAGGUUGCGUGGGGAGGCUGGCAGGCAACCUGCUCACCAAACUGUUUCGAGAUGCUUGGACUUGCCCAUCGGACUGGACGCCCGAGUACAGCCUGCUUCUGAAGAUGCUGGCGCAGCAAGGUAUCAACACCUCCUUCUCGCACGCAUGCGGCUUGCCGGACCCGGGCUCCUUUGCCAUUGUGGGGGCUGCAGCCUUCAUGAGUGCCUCGGGAAGCAUCGUCCUUUUCGUCAUUGCGAUGAUGGUGGAGAUUACUGGAGAUAUCGCGUCGGUGCUUCCCAUUGCCUUCGGUGCCCUUACAGGACGUUUUGUAGUCCGCUCCUUCAUUGGCCAUGGCCUCUACCAUGACCUCAUGCAGAUUACGAAGCUCCCGUUCCUGUCGCGGGAGUGCCCACUGCACGCGGAGGAUCGGAAGGCACCUGUCGCGGCGCUUCUCCACGACGCGGGCGAUGGCGACAACCUUUCCCCGCUGAGAUAUCUGAACAAGGUCGAAAGCCGCGACUCGGUAGAGGAGCUGCUGCGAAGCUGCAGCCACAAUGGCUUUCCGAUUGUGUCUGAGAGGGGUCAGCUAGUCGGGCUGGUCCGGCGGCGUGCGCUGGAAACCUGGUUGGCAGAGGGCCAAGCACAGCUGCGGCUGGACACCGUAGCCGAUCCGGCACCCUACACGGUGCACCGAGACUUUCCAGUUGACCGAGCGUAUUUGCUCUUCCGAGAGCUGGGCUUGCGACAGCUCAUUGUGGUCGACUACUCUGGAAGGCGUGGUCGGCACGCCUACUUUGCCUUGCAUGUUCCGGUCUCGCCGCGGGGCAAGACUGGCCAGCAUGCCAGGAACUUGCAGGGCUUCGGUGCCACCGUCGGUUGCUUUCAGGACGACUGCCAGAACACUGACAAGUUUGUUGCAAGCUCCCUCGAUUCUUGCACGAAGGUGUGCCAGUCCCUACCAGAGUGUGAGUUCUGGGUUUGGGGUCAAGAGGAAGGAGAGCAGAAGUGUUGGUUCAGACUGGGCGACGAUGGCCGCGAAGCGGGCGAAGGUUGGAUAAGCGGUGGCAGAGCAUGCCACCCUCCAGGGCAGGAGGCCAUCGUCAUGGGGAAUGUGGAAUGCUGGAUAGAUGGAUUCAACUAUGACACCUGUUGCGAUCCGAAGUUUGGGCCGAGUGGCAACGCCCAGUGCUGGGACGGCGUUUUCAACUAUGACAGAUGUUGCUUCCCGAAGGACGAGCUCUAA